UUUGUCAGUUGUAAAUCAAAUUGAAAAAAUAAUCAAGGAAGAAUAAGAGAAUAAAGGAAUAUAAAAAUCAAUAAAAAAAACACAAAAAGAUUCAAUUUUUUAGCAAUACCUUCAUUUUUUGUUAUGAGAAAUGAGUGCUACAAAAAGAAUUAGAAGUACAAAAGAUUUACAACUGAGUCAACAACAGGAGUUGUCGGUACGUAAUGACUAUCGCGGAUCAAGUGUCUCAUUUGCAUCAUCUAAAAGUUCACCUUGGCAUGAUGACACUAGUUUUAUUUUAAAGCAAAAGGCUUUAUCUUCUAGCGAGAAAGAAUUAAGUAAUUUGCAAAGUACAACUUCUAUGAAUCAAUUCAAAAGACCAAAGCCUAUACCUUUUAAGGAAAUGUUCUUGAGAAGCUUAAGAGGUUUAUGGAAAACACGAUACUCUGAUGAACUUAAGGAUAAAACAGAAGCCAUGAAAGUUACAUUGAAGGAACUUGCAAUUUAUGUUUUUUUUUUAAUGAUUGCUUGCAUAAUUACCUUUGGAAUGACCAGCACUUCAAUGUUUUAUAUGACAAAUGCAAUCCAAGGUGUACUUGCUCCCACUCCUCCCAAAGAAAUGCCAGGAGAAAGUGGAGAUGUGUUUGAGUAUUUAAAAGAUACAGUCAUAGGUGGACUUUAUGUGGAAAAUUAUUAUGAUGAUUCACCUGUAAAAACUUCUGAGUUGGGUUAUAUCUUUUUCGAAAAUAAGUUAUUAGGUCGCCCAAGACUUCGUCAAGUUCGAGUUAGUAAUGAAUCUUGCAUAGUUCAUGAAUAUUUUCGAGAUGAAAUAAAAGAAUGUUAUGCCCCAUACUCACCUAGUACUGAAUUUGUUGGGAAAUUUGGUUUGGAAAAUGGAACUGCCUGGGAGUAUCAAUCUGAAAAAGAGCUAGAUGGUCAAAGUUUUUCUGGGCCUAUAUCUACUUAUGGAGGAGGUGGUUAUACAGUUUUGUUUGGAGCAGAUAGCGCAGAGUCUAAUAGCAUUAUUGAUGCUCUACAGAGUAAUCGAUGGCUUGAUCGUGGAACAAGAGCUGUAUUUUUCGAUUUUGCUGUUUACAAUGCCAACAUUAAUCUGUUUUGUGUUGUUCGCUUGCUACUUGAGUUUCCAGCUACUGGUGGAUGCUUCCCGAUAUUUUAUUUUCAAACAUUAAAGCUGUUGCGCUAUGUGACCUCUAUGGAUUAUUUUGUAAUGGCGUGUGAAGCAAUAUUUAUCCUUCUUCUCAUUUAUUAUUCCAUUGAAGAAGCAAUUGAGAUAAAAAAACAUGGUACUUCAUAUUUCUCAGAUGUAUGGAAUGUCAUGGAUAUUAUAAUAGUGUUACUGGGUUUUAUUUGUGUGAUUUUUAAUGGUGUUCGUACGGUAUCAGUUGCUAAUAAGUUACGUAUUACGUUGGAGGAACGAGAUAAGUAUGCAAAUUUUGAGAUAUUGGCUGACAUGCAGACAAAAUUUAAUGACCUUGUAGCAGUUUAUAUAUUUCUUAUUUGGAUUAAGUUAUUCAAGUAUCUCUCAUUUAACAAAACAAUGACACAGUUACAAUCAACUCUCUCUCGCUGUGCUAAAGAUAUUGCUGGUUUUUCAGUGAUGUUUUUUAUUGUUUUCUUUGCCUAUGCAUUAUGGGGCUACCUACUUUUAGGGCCUCAAUUGGCUGAUUAUUCUACGUACUUAAACAGCAUAUUUGCAUGUUUUCGUAUUAUUCUUGGUGACUUUGCUUGGUCUGAUAUAAAUGGUGCUGCACCAAGUAUGGGCCCAAUAUUUUUCAUUUCUUAUGUAUUCAUGGUGUUUUUUAUUUUGAUAAACAUGUUUUUGGCCAUUAUUAAUGACACUUAUUCUGAAGUGAAGUCAGAUCUUGCAGAGCAAAAAGAUGAAUUUGAAAUUGGUGAUUACUUUAAAAAAGGAUAUGAUAAAAUGAUGAGCAAUUUAUCUUUUAAGCGAGAAAAAAUUGUUGACAUUCAAAAAGCUCUUCAAACUGCUGAUGUGAACCAUGAUAAUAUGUUAGACUUCGAAGAAUGGAGAGCGCAGUUAAAAUUGCGUGGCCAUGCUGAUUUAGAAAUUGAGGCUGUAUUUACUCAGUAUGAUUUAGAUGGAGAUCGUGUACUCAAUGAAAUUGAACAACAAAAAAUGCAUGAUGAUCUUGAUAUAAAAAUGGAAGAGUUAGAAGAUGAAAUUGAAGAAGUUCGCAAGUCAAAAGGAAAUUUAAAAAAAAUUCAAAGUAAAAUAAACAUGAAAUCUGGUGAUGAUGAUGAUGAUGAUGAAGAUGAUGAUGAAAAUGACAGUGAACCAACAGGACUUGUAAAAUAUGAAGAGUUCUCAAUCCUGGCUCGACGCGUUGAUCGUGUUGAACAAAGUAUUGGCAGUAUGGUGUUAAAGAUUGAUUCCGUUCUUUUAAAGUUGGAAGCUAUGGAUAAAGCUAAAAUAAAAGGAAGAGAGACAAUGACAAAGCUUUUAGACAGUAUUGCUGAGCAAGAAUUGAGUGUUUUUAAAGAGUUUGGGAAUAAAUCUAGCACAAAUAUAUUUCGCCCAACAUCAACAACUUCAAAACAAUCUAAUGAUAGCGUCAUCUCUAUCAAAGAGGACCAUGAUGGUGAUGACGAUGAUGAUGGUGAUAAUGAUGAUGGUGACGAUCCUGUUAACUAAAGAAUUGGUGAUUAAAUUUUUGACAAGGCAUAUUUGUAAAUAAUUUUUAAGUCUAUUAUUUGUAAAGUUGUUGCUUGAAAAACAGCGAGUGAGUGUGAAAUGAUUACAUUGAGAGAAAACGUUUUACUAAAGAAAAAAAUUAACCUAUUUCUUUUUAUAAACUAAAAUAUUUUCAUCCUCGUUUUGUUUUUUAUUAUUUCCUUUUAACAUUGCCGAACUUAUAAACUAAAUAAAAAUACAACAAAUGUAUAAAUUAACUUAAAAUAUUUUCGAUUUUAAUUAUCAGAAUAUAAUAAACACUUGUAAUAUUUAUUAUAAAGCACUCGUAAUAUUUAAAUAAUUUUUAUUAAUUAUAA